GGUCGCUGUGAAUGAAAAAGGGGGGCGGGGGAAAAGAGGAAACCCGAUAAAAAUCACCUCAAAAGUUCCAGCGCUCUCUCGCACGCUCACCCGAGGGGUGGGGAAAGCGGUCCGGUCACGUGACUGAGGCAAGCCCGGGUAAUUCAAAAAAAAUUAAAAAUAUAUAAAUCUAACUAAUUGUAAACAAAUGGCCCCUUUAAAGUUUCGGAAGAUUGCAGUAUUGGGGUAUAGAUCAGUCGGAAAGUCAUCGCUAACGAUCCAAUUUGUAGAAGGACAAUUCAUCGAAUGCUAUGACCCUACAAUUGAGAACACUUUUAAUAAAACCAUAAAUUUUGAUGGACAAGACUUCUAUCUGCAACUGGUGGAUACUGCUGGGCAGGAUGAGUAUUCUAUGUUCAGCCGGUCCCACACUGUGGAUGUUCAUGGCUAUGUUUUGGUUUAUUCUGUAACGUCAAUGAAAAGUUUUGAAGUGAUUAAGGUGAUUCGCAGUAAACUACUAGAUAUGGUGGGAAAAAUCCAGGGUACAUGCUUAACUUUGCUGAGAACUGUUCCUGUAUUUAAGGCCUUAAACUACAUCCCAAAUGGCUUCAGAUGUCUUUGCAGCCGGCCAUCAUCUCCACAUUAUGCUCCACCUCUUGAACCUCCCUGUUUUUGCCAGAUGUGCAGAAUACCAACAGUGCUGGUUGCAAAUAAGAGGGAUCUUUCUAAACAAAGGGUGGUGCAGACUGAAGAAGGGAAGAAGCUUGCAGAUUCCUGGGGGGCUGCUUUCUUGGAAUCCUCAGCAAAACAGAAUGAUACUACAGUACAAAUCUUCAAAAUGAUGAUCCAAGAAAUUGAAAAAGCCGAUGGAUGUACACAAGACAAGAAAUGUGAUAUGAUGUAGUGGUUUGUGGAAAUGACAUUUCUCUAGAUAGCAAAGAAGAGAGGCACCUAUGAAUUUGUUUUCAAACCUAACCAUUUGGCGACUGGUUACCCUAUAGUCAAAUUGCUAGCACAGAAGUCUACUAGAACUGUUUUGCACUAAUCAACUUAUUGUUACAUUAGUAUUAUAUCGGUUAUUUGUGCCUUCUUUUAUAGUUUGUAAUAGUCCUAACAUCAAUAUAGAUUCCAAAAGAUGAGAUGAAAGGAGGGAAAUGUAGCAAUUUUGCCCUGCAGAAAUAAUUAUAAAGCAAUUUUAUUUGGGAAAGUAUUUAUCAUUUGGUUCCUGAUUGCGGGGGGAGGGGGAGGGGGAGGGGGGAAGGAGGCAGUGGUGGUGUCACUCUCUUGUGGUCUUUUUAGUUGGAUAAAGAUUGCCACUCUACUGGAAUACAAUGGUUGCAGUCUCGUAUGAGGUGGAUUCAGUUUUCUGAUGAAUUUUUUAAUGUUUGCAUCUUGUACUGCCUAUACUAUCUCAAAUUUUGUGAUUGGGUCAAGUUUAGAUUGUGAUAGCUGAGUCUUGGACUGCUAAAAUCCUUGUCUAUGCUUAUUAAAGUUGGUGUGUUUUUUUUUGAAUAUUUCCGUUGAAUAGCUGGAUUUAUAAACAAAGUACAUUUUGUAAUGUGUUGGUUGCUAAAGCUGCCAAUUAUAACACCUCCAAUUAUAACACCUCCAAUUAGAUAUUUUUACUUUGGUUUAGAAUAAUGUUGAAGCCUCCUUUUUGAAAUGAGUAUUUUUCUGCUGACUGAUCUUUGGGAAGAAGCCCGUGACUUGACACCCCUUUUCCCAUGCUUCCUACUGAAGUAUGCUUUUGACUGACUUUGAACAAAGGUAAUACCAAGAAAAUGCUGCUGUUUGAGAUAGUAACCUGCUUUAAGCUGAAUUAUGCUGCAAUGUUAAUUUUAUCUGCUAAGGAAAGAUAACUUAUUGCAAAACAUUUUGGUGUAUAAUAUUUAGAUCAACUGUAAAGUUUAAGAAUUUUUUUUUGUUAACUUAAAUAAAGCUGAGUUACUUAUUUAAAUGGUAAACUUUGGCACACAGGAUGUUCAUGCAAAACUAAUGAUCAUGAUCCAAUCACCGUGUGCAGAAGCAAUUGUAAUUUCUGAUAAAUUAAGAUUUUCUAUAUUUGUAUUUAAGAUUUACUUAUUUUUGAAGAAAUUGUUUGGUCUUGUUUUUGAUAUUUCUUUACUAAGCAAUUGGUUGAGUCAUUGCACGUAAUGGCAUAUUUAGUGUCUGUUAUGUAAUAGCUGAGUGAGUGUCGCAGAGCAGCCAAGCUUUAUCAGUACAACUGGAGAGAUUUCUCUCUGAUAACUUAUCUGUUAGGUGACUUUCCUGUUGUUAGUUUGAUUUAUGCAAUCAUCUUGUGGAAUAAAAAUUUUCCAAUAAAUUUAAAUAAACCAAAAAUAUCUUUUUUGAAAAGGAAUUUCGCCUCCCUAUUGCUGCUAUUUGGUCAGAAACAACUUAACAUUGUGCUGUUAACUGUCAGAAAUUAUAUAUCAUUGAACGUCAGUGGGUGAAUUGCAUUUUCUUCUUGUGUCCUCCUUCUGACUAUUGAUGCAGUAUUGAUAUUCUGGUGAGGCUCAUCUGUUCAAUGACUUGCCCAGUGAAAUUCAAUUCAAGAGUAAAAUAUUGUUUUCUUAAAUCGGGGCCAAAUAUACGUGGAUGUACUUGUUCACAUUGCUGUCGACACUGUGCCUUUGAAUUAUUUGCUUUUGCUUAACUUGACCUCCUUGUCUUGUGCCCUCCAUAGAUGUCAUUUGGAUCUUGAAAUGUUGGCUGAUCGAUUGAAUGGUUUAUCACUUAACUACACUCCUACUGUAGUCAGUAUAUUUCUUGUCUGGAUCAUUUGCUUUUGUGUUGGAUUACCAUCACCUCUUUGACUGUUUUUGUGAAAUUUUCAGUUUAAAAAAUGGCCUAUGAAGUAUUAUGUGGAAGUAUUUUGUAGAAUUUGCUUUUUUGAUUUAUUAAAAUAUUGUGGAAUCUUC